AUGGAAGAACUUACGGCGUUCGUCUCCAAGUCCUUUGACCAGAAAGUGAAGGAGAAGAAAGAGGCCAUCACCUACCGCGAGGUGCUGGAGAGCGGGCCGCUGCGCGGGGCCAAGGAGCCGAGCGGCUGCGCCGAGCCCGGGCGCGACGACCGCAGCAGCCCGGCAGUCCGGGCGGCCGGCGGAGGCGGCGGCGGAGGAGGCGGAGGCGGAGGAGGUGCAGGAGGAGGAGGAGGAGGAGCAGGCGGAGGAGCUGGAGGAGGGCGCUCGCCCGGCCGGGAGCUGGACAUGGGCGCCGCCGAGAGGAGCCGGGAGCCGGGCAGCCCGCGGCUCACCGAGGGUAACGGCCGCGACCGAAAGCCAAGGCAGAAGGAGGUGCAGGCUACGCUGCUUCUCCCCGGCAAGGCGUUCGGGAUUCAAGUGUCCCCGGAGCUGAAGGAUCGCAAAGAGGAUGCAAAAGGGAUGGAGGACGAAGGCCAGACCAAAAUCAAGCAGAGGCGAAGUCGGACCAAUUUCACCCUGGAACAACUCAACGAGCUGGAGAGGCUUUUCGACGAGACCCACUACCCGGACGCCUUCAUGCGCGAGGAACUGAGCCAGCGGUUGGGGCUGUCGGAGGCCCGAGUGCAGGUUUGGUUUCAAAAUCGAAGAGCUAAAUGUAGAAAACAAGAAAAUCAGCUCCAUAAAGGGGUCCUCAUAGGGGCUGCCAGCCAGUUUGAAGCUUGUCGCGUUGCACCCUAUGUGAAUGUAGGUGCUUUAAGGAUGCCAUUUCAGCAGGAUAGUCAUUGCAACGUGACGCCCUUGUCCUUUCAGGUUCAGGCGCAGCUGCAGCUGGACAGCGCCGUGGCGCACGCGCACCACCACCUGCACCCGCACCUGGCCGCGCACGCGCCAUACAUGAUGUUCCCGGCGCCGCCCUUCGGACUGCCGCUUGCCACGCUGGCCGCGGACUCGGCCUCUGCCGCCUCUGUCGUGGCGGCCGCCGCCGCCGCCAAGACCACCAGCAAGAACUCCAGCAUCGCCGAUCUCAGACUGAAAGCCAAAAAGCACGCGGCCGCCCUGGGUCUGUGACGCCAAGGCCAAGGCCACCGUCGCGCCGGCCGCGCGGCGCUCAGCCUGCACGCCCUCCGCGCCCCCUCCGCACCCCGGGAGCCCGCCCUCCGUGCG